AUGGCCAUAGAUCCCAACCACACCACCGCUUCAGCCGCCGCCGUCACGGCCACGUCCGGAGCUGCCGCCCCCAACACACCCACGACGAGGCCCGUAAGACCCGCCGUAUCAUCUCCUCUUCCUCCUAAUCUUUACGCAGCCCAAUCCCUCCAAAUUCGGACCCAAUCGCCAUCAUCUUCACCAUUAGCAUCAGCAGCUGCUAAUCAUCAGGGGGUUCUGUACCCACUGGCUUCCUCAGGCCGAGGCUUCAUUCCCCGGCCCAUUCGCCCCGCCGCCGCUGCCGGAGGUGAACCCCCAGUUACUGUGGCCAACGCAGGAGCUUCGUACCCAUCUCGGCCCCUUCUGAAUUUCCCUUCGCAGCAGCCUAUUUCUGUGCAUUUGAUGAGACCCAACUACAGCCUAGCACCUUCUCCUCUUCCUCCUCCUAUUAGGGGCCUUCCCCUUAUUUCUGCUGCUCCUGAGGUUGCUCCAUCUUCAGUUCCUGACAGCAAUGGUUUUAAAGACAUGAGAAAACAAGAUGAUAACUUAGCUGUCAUUAGAGGUCGAAAAGUCAGGGUGACAGAUGGAGCUUCUCUAUACGUGCACUGUCGGUCAUGGUUGAGGAACGGUUUUCCUGAAGAAAUUCAGCCACAAUAUGGUGAUGCUGUAAGGUCUCUUCCUAAACCUUCACCAAUACCUAUGGCAAGUGCUACUCUUCCAAAGAAGGAAGGGGGUGAAGCAGAAGAAAAGGAGAUGAUAACAAGGACGAGAUGUAUAGCUGAGGAACACAUUGAGCGUUUAUCAACACAUGAUCUGUUAAAAAGACAUGUCAAACGCGCCAGAAAGGUUCGAGCACGAUUAAGAGAAGAACGCUUACAGCGAAUUGCAAGGUACAAGUCUAGGCUUGCGCUUCUCCUUCCUCCCUUGGUAGAACAGUUCAGAAAUGAUCUAGCUUCAGCAAACUGACCCAUAUGUUGCUCUAUCGGACCUAAUUAACAUUGAGCACAAUGGACUUUCAUACCAAAUCAGUUUUUUUUCUGGAAUGAUGAAAAAUGUGUACGGUAUUCAAGCAAGUUCGCUGUACAAAUUGUACUUUGCUGUAACAGUCAACAUCAUUGGUGGUAUGUUACGUGGGCGUGGUAGAUGAUAGGAAAAAAUUGUGGGAACUGAGUGAGCUACAAUUUUUUGUUUUUCCAUGCGUUUGAGUGUAAGUUGAGCGUUGUGAGUUGUUACGACACCAAAAGGUUUGAGUUGUAUUGUAAUAUUCUUUCUCUGGUCA